AUGCUGACAGUGUACCCUUAGACCAAGACUUACUUCUCCCACUGGAAGGACCUGAGUCCCGGUUCUGACCCGGUGAGGAAACACGGAGGAAUUGUGAUGGCUGCAGUUACUGAUGCCGUCAGCAAAACUGAUGAUCUGACCGGAGCUCUUCUGAGCCUCAGUGAGCUGCACGCCUUCACUCUGAGAGUGGACCCUGCAAACUUCAAGGUUCUCUCUCACAACCUCCUCGUGGUACUGUCCACCACAUUCCCCAACGACUUCACCCCCGAGGUCCACGUGGCUAUUGACAAGUUUCUGACUGCGCUUGCCCUGUCUGAAAAGUACCGAUAAACUGCACACCGACAGCCAACAACAGGCUUGGAUACUCCCAAACUGAAUUUUAAUGUAAAA